GAUUAUCUCUGGAUCCUCAGUACUGGCGAGAGCGGUGGUAAACAUGGCGUCGGAAGGGAUGAUUUUAACCAACCACGACCACCAAAUACGAGUUGGAAUUCUAACGGUGAGUGACAGCUGCUUCAGGAACCUGGCUGAGGACCGCAGUGGAGUAAACCUCAAAGAUCUGGUCCACGACCCAUCACUGCUUGGAGGCGUCAUAUCUUCCUACAAAAUAGUCCCAGAUGAGAUUGAUGAGAUUAAGGAGACAUUGGUGGACUGGUGUGAUGAGAAGGAGCUGAACUUGAUUCUGACCACCGGAGGAACAGGGUUCGCCCCCCGUGAUGUCACGCCCGAGGUACAUGGGGACCCCAAAGUUUGUGUUUGUGUCCAUGCCACCAAAGAGGUGAUAGAGCGCGAGGCUCCAGGGAUGGCCCUGGCUAUGCUGAUGGGCUCCCUUCAGGUCACACCUCUGGGCAUGCUCUCCAGGCCUGUCUGUGGAAUCCGAGGCAAAACCCUCAUCAUCAACCUACCUGGCAGCAAGAAGGGCUCACAGGAGUGUUUCCAGUUCAUCCUUCCAGCUCUGCCCCACGCCAUUGACCUGCUGAGGGAUGCGGUUGUGAAGGUGAAGGACGUCCAUGAGGCUCUGGAGGACCUGCCCUCACCCCCACCGCCCCUCUCCCCACCCCUCACCCUCAACAGCAUUGCCUGCACCCAGACAGAGGACAAGGGUGUGCAGUGUGAGGAUGAUGAUGAUGAUGAUGAUGAGGAUGAUGAGAAGAUGAAGGACAGAUGCUUGGUGUCCACCGAGGACCACCACGCCCACCACCACCACCACACCCACUCCCACUCCCACGGACACAACUCACACAUCACCGCCGCCGCCAUCGCUGCCAAGAAGGGGAAGCCCCAGCACCAUAACCAUGCUGUUGUCAUGGCUAAAGGUAGCCACUAUCUACCUGGUCUGGUAUCUAACCUCCCCCCUGCCCCACCUCAUUACACCUGCUCCUGCUCUGGAGACCAGCCGGUAACGAUCCCAGACAGCAUAAUCUCUAGGGGUGUGCAGGUUCUUCCCAGAGACACAACUUCUCUGAGCACCACGCCCUCCGAGUCGCCACGUGCCCAGGCCACCUCGCGCCUCUCCACUGCCUCCUGCCCCACACCCAAAGUUCAGUCGCGGUGUGGCAGCAAAGAGAACAUCCUUAGAGCCAGUCACAGUGCAGUGGACAUCACCAAGGUGGCUCGCCGGCACCGCAUGUCUCCCUUCCCCCUCACCUCCAUGGAUAAGGCCUUCAUCACUGUACUGGAGAUGACCCCUGUGCUCGGCACUGAGAUCAUCAACUACAGAGCUGUUCCACCUGACCCAGAUGCUCUCCAUUCCACCCUGUCUAUCGAUGGGAUGGGUCGAGUCUUAGCUCAGGACGUCUAUGCCAAAGACAACCUGCCUCCGUUCCCUGCAUCAGUCAAAGAUGGUUACGCCGUGCGAGCGGCCGACGGUCCUGGAGAUCGCUUCAUCAUUGGGGAGUCACAGGCAGGACAGCAGCCGACCCACACAGUGAUGCCGGGCCAGGUGAUGAGGGUGACAACGGGGGCUCCUGUCCCCUGUGGGGCGGAUGCUGUAGUGCAGGUGGAGGACACAGAGCUGCUUCGAGAGUCUGACGACGGCACAGAAGAGCUGGAGGUGCGGAUCUUGGUACAGGCACGCCCUGGACAGGACAUCAGGCCUAUAGGUCAUGAUAUAAAGCGUGGGGAAUGUGUCCUGUCCAAGGGUACCCACAUGGGCCCUUCUGAAAUUGGCCUGCUGGCCACCGUAGGAGUCACUGAGGUGGAGGUGCAGAAGUUCCCAGUGGUGGCUGUCAUGUCAACUGGCAACGAGCUGUUGAACCCAGAGGAUGACCUGCACCCAGGGAAGAUCAGGGACAGUAACAGAUCUACACUGCUGGCCACCAUUCAGGAACAUGGCUACCCUACCAUCAACUUGGGCAUCGUCGGAGACAACCCAGACGACCUCCUUAAUGCCCUGAACGAGGGGAUCAGCCGUGCUGACGUCAUCAUCACCUCAGGAGGUGUGUCCAUGGGAGAGAAGGACUAUCUGAAGCAGGUGCUUGACAUUGAUCUCCACGCCCAGAUCCAUUUUGGACGCGUCUUUAUGAAGCCAGGUCUUCCCACCACGUUCGCCACUGUGGACAUUGACGGGGCACGGAAACUGAUAUUUGCCCUACCAGGUAACCCAGUGUCUGCGGUCGUCACCUGUAACCUCUUCGUCAUCCCUGCUCUAAGGAAGAUGCAGGGGAUCCUGGACCCUCGGCCCACCAUCAUCAAAGCCAGGCUUUCCUGUGAUGUAAAGUUGGACCCUCGUCCAGAGUACCACCGCUGCAUCCUGACGUGGCACCACCAGGAGCCUCUGCCAUGGGCACAGAGCACAGGAAAUCAGAUGAGUAGUCGACUGAUGAGCAUGAGGAGUGCCAACGGGCUUCUGAUGUUGCCUCCUAAAACAGAGCAAUACGUGGAGCUGCAUAAAGGAGAGGUUGUGGACGUGAUGGUCAUAGGACGACUAUGAUGAUGUCAUCUUACGGGGACAGAUAGAUAGACAGGGAGAGAAAGUGGUGCAUGUCCACAUAUCAUAACUAUUCUGUAAUAUGCAAUGGCACAGCUAGUUUUUGUUGAUUUGGAUAAUAAAGUUCAUCAAGUAUAAUUAACCAACAUCUCGAACACAAAGUAAAUGAAGUUCGUACAUUGAUCAUGAAAUCUGAAUUUGAAAAGAUCAUUGUAUUUCAAAGAAAGACAAUGUUAUACCUUUUAAAAGUGAAAAAAAUAAGAGAUUUAUUCUGUAUUAUAUUAUUAUAAUUAUAAUUAUUAAUAUUAUAUUGUCAUAUUAAGCAACUCUGUUUCUCUUUCAUCCUUGCAAUUGCUUUGUGUGUUCAACCCUAGACCUUAUAGAUAGAUAGCAGUAGCAUUUCAAUAACAAGCUGUAGGUGCUCAAAAAAAAUUACAAAUAAAAUACUAUUUUCUUAUCUCACAAAAAAAUUAUAGUAAAUACAUAUCUUCUUUUUGAACAACGGAAACCCUUUUGAGAUAAUGUCAGAAGUCCCUCUUGGGGAACGUCCUGAUUCUCUACCCUUCUCCUGAAGUGUACACUUGCACACUCCCCGUCAUUUUUAAAGGCAUUGGAUUGGUGAAGGUAGGCAUUGACUGGAGGGAGUUUCCACCAUUACUAGAUCCAUGCAGGAAUAGAGUGAAGAAUCAGGAUGUAGCCUUGGUGCUCUGUCUUAUUAGGAGUGUUUUCAGGGUCCUGAGGGUGCCUUUAGCUAUCUUUCCCCUCCCUUUAGUAUUCUUCUUCUCUUCUAUGCCUCAUUAUAUAGGCUUUAUAAUGCCUCAUAAUGGCUUCACACACAGCUUUGCUUGUUGUUUUUCUUGUGAGUCGUGUUUGUGUGCAGUUGCCAAAAGUGGUGGGUAUAUUGGGCCAAAAGUCAUAGGGUCAUCAUGAUGAGACCUGGGCCUGUAUUCAUAAAGUGGCUCGAAGUAGUGAUCUCGGACCAGGUCCCCCCGUCUAUAUAAUCUUAUUCAUUAUGAUAAACUGAUCCUAGAUCAGCACUCCUACUCCUUUAUGAUUACAGGCCUUGAAGGUGGAGAAAGGCAGCGAGUGGCCUGCCAGUGCCCCCUAGGCUGACUAUUUCCCCCAGCUGCCCCCCAGGCCCACUACUGUAGCUUCCCCUCCAGGCCCACAAGCUGCACCCUAGCUACCCCCCAGGCCCACUAACUUCCUUCCAGGCUGAUCGUUCCCCCUAGCUGCCCCCCAUGCCCACUAGCUACCCCCCAGGCCCACUAACUUCCUUCCAGGCUGAUCGUUUCCCCUAGCUACCCCCAGGCCCACUAACUUCCUUCCAGGAUGAUCGUUCCCCCUCGCUGCCCCACAGGCCCACUAGCUUCUUCAUAGUCUGACCUGGUCCUGAAGUCCCACCCAGAGACGUGUAUUCUUCCACAUAUCUAAAUAUGUGCCUCUGGUCCCACCCUGUCCCCUGACCUUCUACUUUACCAACACGGCCUCCCACCCUCACCCCUCCAGGACUGCUCACCUCACACAUACUAGUACAGAUAUGUGAGGGAACUGGAGGAGGGAGGAAACGUAGUCUUUUAUUUGUUUAAUUUCAGAAGGAAGAAACAGCUUAUUUAAAGUGCUGACUGCCUUUUUAACAACUAUUCAAACAAUGUACAGAAAAAUACAUGAAAACAAAAGAGUGAUAUUGUACAGAUUAUGGUGACCAGCAAUCCUGACUAACUUAAUGAAGCAAUGGGGAGAUAUAGAACUCUGUACUAUAAACGUUUUCUGUAAUAUUGAUGAAACUAAUGAAAAAUUAAACAUCCUUGAUCAUUA